AUGGAGUCCAUUGGCUCCUCCUUCGAUCGAGUGCUCGAUAAAGCUCUCGCCUCUGCUUCCAGUGAUGUCUCCGAUCAGGAUCGUCUCCUUGAUCGCACUCUCGAACUCGUCUGGCUUCUUCGCGAUUCCACUAAACGGUGUUUCAGGAAACGAGCUUCUUCCUCCCUCCCGAAGUCACUAUUAAGUACCAUGUUUAACAAAUGUGCCAUGGAUCGUUUAUGUUACUCACACAUUGACUUGACAACGGCUGCUAAAGAUGCUGCUAAUGGAGUUUUGUGUACUAUGAUACAUCGAGCUGGAAAAGAACUCAGAGAUUAA